GGGGAGAUGUCCGCCCCGUACGGAAGCCUGAUGAGAUACCUGUUCCCAGCCCUGCUGCUGCACGGGCUGGGAGAAGGUUCUGCUCUUCUUCACCCGGACAGCAGGUCCCACCCUCGGUCCUUGGAGAAGAGUGCCUGGAGGGCUUUCAAGGAGUCACAGUGUCAUCACAUGCUGAAACACCUUCACAAUGGUGCCCGGAUCACUGUGCAGAUGCCUCCUAAUAUCGAAGGACACUGGGUCUCUACUGGCUGCGAAGUUAGAGCAGGCCCAGAGUUCAUCACCAGAUCUUACAGGUUCUACCACAAUAACACAUUUAAGGCCUACCAGUUUUAUUAUGGUGGCAAUCGCUGCACAAACCCCAUCUACACAUUAGUGAUUCGGGGCAAAAUCCGUCUCCGCCAAGCAUCCUGGAUCAUCCGAGGGGGUACUGAGGCCGAUUACCAGCUCCGCAACGUACAGAUCAUAUGUCACAAUGAGGCAAUAGCCAAAACAUUGAGUGAGCUGGUGAACCGUACGUGUCCUGGAUUUAUACCAGAAGACAGUCCCUGGGAGCAGGAUGUGAGCUACGAUUUGCUGAGAGAAGAGAACGGCUGUGAAUGCACCAAAGCUCUGAAUUUUGCCAUGCACGAGCUGCAGCUGAUCCGGGUGGAGAAGCAGUACCUGCACCACAAUUUGGAUCACCUUGUGGAGGAGCUCUUUCUUGGAGACAUUCAUACUGAUGCUACUCAGAGGAGGUACUACCGGCCUUCUAGUUACCAGCCUCCUCUUCAAAAUGCCAAGAACCACGACCGCACGUGCAUUGCAUGCCGAAUCAUCUACCGCUCCGAUGAGCACCACCCUCCCAUCCUACCCCCCAAGGCAGACCUGACCAUAGGGCUUCACGGGGAGUGGGUGAGCCAGCGCUGUGAGGUGCGGCCCGAGGUCCUCUUCCUCACUCGCCACUUCAUCUUCCACGACAACAACAACACCUGGGAAGGUCACUACUACCACUACUCCGACCCCAUCUGCAAGCACCCUACCUUCACCAUCUACGCCAAGGGACGCUACAGCCGGGGAGUGCACUCCUCCAAAGUGAUGGGUGGCACGGAGUUUGUGUUCAAAGUGAACCACAUGAAGGUCACUCCCAUGGAUAUAUCCACGGCCUCUCUGCUCAACGUCUUCAACGGGAACGAGUGUGGAGCUCAGGGGUCCUGGCAAGUUGGGGUUCAGCAAGAUGUCACCCACACGAACGGCUGCAUCGCCCUCGGCAUCCGCCUACCUCACACCGAGUACGAGAUCUUCAAAAUGGAGCAGGAUGCCUGGGGCAGGUACUUGCUGUACAAUGGCCAGAGACCCAGCGACGGGUCCAGCCCUGACCGACCCGAGAAGAGAGCCACUUCCUACCAGAUGCCUUUAAUUCAGUGUGCUUCAUCAGUGCCCAGAGCUGAAGAGUCACCAGAGGAGAAUAAAAUCAGGCUGUAUAGCAGGGCACCGGGAAAAUAUCCCAUCGCCUCAGCUCUUGCUUCAGUGUUGUUUAUUUAUACUGUAUCAUACUGGGACAUUCUCAGCUAGAAGUGAAAAAAACUGGUUUUUCAUUCCUACAAAGCCAGGAUUCCACCAGACUGGGGGUUGUUUUUCUUCUGAAAGAAAGGGACGUUUAUUUUCUUGAUGCACUUGAAUGCCUGAGAACUGUUGUUCUUUUCCUUACUUCCCCCCUCCUCCUUGAAUCCUGAACAGCACUCGUUUGAUGUUUGUGCUUUGAACUUCAUCCAGUCUGAUCCCUGGCCUGACAUGACUGCACAAAAGUAAUUGCACUUUAGGACUGCAGACUUCUGGGGGGAGGGAAGGGGGUCUCCUUUUAUAUUUUUUUUUUCAGCUGCUGGGGUGAAAGUUAUGAUCCUGCUUCAGUUGUCUCUGCCAUCUUACCAGUGUGGUACUCUUCUCCCCAACGCUUGGUUUCUCAUCAGAAUUUAGCUCUGAGGAAGGGCUCAGUGUUGUGCCAGUACUGUGAGAGUGGGUUCCCCCUUCUGACUUCACAGCUCUGAUGUAGAUAUUGCAUACAAGGAGGAAACCCACAAAGAUUUGUCUUGUCAGUAUGUUGUAGCUUGUUACACAAAAAAGAAACAGCAAAUCAACAGCCCUCUAUUCAGAUAGUGCUAAACAGUUGAUACCUCUCAUUAAAAAAAUAUUCCAAGUAAUUUAA